AUGACGCGUGCGCAGCAGACUCUCUCGGUCCUCCUGCUUGUCUCCUCGCUUUACCUGGUCCUCUACCUGGGUCUUGUUCCCCUGAAUGAAACAUUUCAGACUGAAGUUAUUCCUGUUCUUCCGUUCUAUGCCGUAAUAUGUUUCGGCUGCUACCUUCUCGGCCGUCUGGGUCUGGCGAUCCUGACUUUCAACGACGUUCCGGAGGCGCAUCGGGAGUUACAAAAGGAGAUCGAGCAGGCCAAGGCCGAAUUGCGCAAGGCAAAUGUCGACGUUGACUAAGUAGCAGACCCGUCCUUUUCUUCGAACCUGACUGUUCGCGCAACGUGGGAUACUGCGGGGAUGAUCUAUCUCUCUUGCAAUCUAUGUUUACUCAAGCCCAUAUGCUUUCCCGUCCGUUUGCUUCCGUCAGGAUGCUUAAUUACAUCGUGGUUACAACAGUCUAAUAAUCGAUUUCCGCCUCAUCACUGUACAGUGCUCUGCUGUCUAGGCCAUGGCACACCACCCAACCCAUUAUCGGAUUGUUGCGACUCUACGAAUGCAAACUACCCAGUACUAUGAGAAUAUAUAUAUUUGCGUGUCAUGAAAAUACAGGAUCCGACAGCGGGUUGUAUACGCUAUGCAAAUAAGCAAGCAAGAUGUCGCAGUGGCCCGGGUGUAACUGCCACUCUGGAGCUAAGUGUAGCUCAAGCCUAGGAACAAUUGGUUGAAAUGGUAGCAAAAAGUUUGUCAUCAUAGUAGCGAAUUGCUUUUU